AUGGUCUCGUAUCUAGCAGUUCAACUCGCGUCAAUACAACAAUAUAUGGGAUGGAUUAUGAUAAUCUAUAUCGUGUUCGGUAAUAUCGGCAAUCUAUGCAACUGUCUUGUAUUUCUUCGAAAACAACUUCGAUCAAAUUCUUGUUCAUGUUAUUUAUUAGCAGGUUCUAUUUCAAAUAUUAUCGUAUUGUCAUUUGUUACAUCGACAAAUAUUUUUUCAAUCGAGCAGUUCGAUCCCACGAAUAAUUCAUUAAUUUAUUGCAAGUUACGCGCGUACUUUUCGCAUAUUGUUAUUAAUCUUUCACGUUUCUUGAUCGUACUUGCCUGUUUUGAUCGUGUUUGUAUCUCCUCCAGUAAAGUAUCAAUGCGAAAUCUUGGCAAGGUACCAGUAGCUUUAAGAAUUAUUUUUCUCACGAUUGUGUGUUGGUCUUUGAUUUCUGUCCAUGCCCUCGUUUGGAAUACGAUUAGCAAUGGUAAAUGUAUAAAACCAGGUCUAUACAAUAUUAUUUUUGGAAUUUAUGUUUUUAUUGUUAUCGGAGUUGCACCACUUAUAUUAAUGAUCACAUUCAGUUUGGUUACAUGGCGUAAUAUACGUGUCGCACACCGUCGUGUUCAUCCGGCAUCGACUAUUAGUAGCAUGCGUCAACGUGAUUUUCAAUUAACGCGAAUGUUGGUAGCAGAGGUAGUCGUAUAUGUAUUGUCUACAAUACCCUUUCCAGUCUAUUCCUUUUAUUCUUCUGUAACAAUGUCGAUCAACAAAAGUGUUGAUCAACAAACAAUAGAAGCAUUCAUUAAUUUUAUUGCAACUGUUUUUAUGGUAUAUAUAAAUCCAUCAUCGACAUUCUACGUAUACUUGGCGACAUCGAAAACAUUUCGAGUUGAAUUUAAAGCAGCUGUUAAAAAUAUUUGGCAUCGAGUUCUUCGAAGAAAUCAACAGCGUCAACCUUUGAAUGAACCUACAAUGAUGCUCGCCACUCGAUUUUUGUAA